UGCACCAUGGGCCUGAGAUCCCCUGCAAUUUUCCAGUCGCCGGGUAGAAGAGAAAGGGCACCUGCUUGUGGGAGGGAGGGCCCUGGCCUGCCCAAAAAGUUUAUAGGAAUUUUCCUGAUUCUUACUGAUGUCUUUGACAAGCAUUCCCUCCUACAGUUGCCACCUCCCCAGUGGGGAACAACCACACCUGAUCCAACUGUCCCUCUUCCUUUCUCUAGAACUGGAUGGAGAGGCUGGGCAGAAGGCGGCGUUUCCUGGAGGAAGCAGUGGUUCUGUGCCAGCCUCUGUUGCAGGAAGGGAGGCCAUGCCAGGCACAGGCACAGGAGCUGAGGUUGCUUGGAAGGCUUCUCCAUUAGCUUGGCUGCAUAAAGUUUUGAAGCCCUUGGAGUCUCCUGCAGAUGGGUCUGCAGGGAGGACUUUUCCUGUUCCUUUGCUGAUUCCUGCACAGAAGCCUGGCUCCCAUGGCAGGGGUCCCCUGAGAGGGAAGAACAAAGGCAAAGGACAGAAGAAACCCCACGAGCCAAACAACACCCUGAAACAAAUCGGUACAGAACUGCACAAAGGGCAUGCUAACGCAGCUGGUGAAAAUGAUCUGGCUUCCGAACCCACAUUCAGGAUUGAGCCUCUGGGAGAUGCUGAGGUGAUGGACCAAAAGGCAGGACAGAAGGAGGUGUUUCCCCAAGGAAGCAGUGGCUCAUUGGCAGCCCCUGCUGCAGGAAGGAAGGCGAUGGCAGACACGGGCACAGGCACAGCAGAUGCAGCCGGCACCACAACAUGUGUUCCCGAUGCCCACAAGGGCCUUGGAAGCGACUUCUGUAAGGGAGCAGCCUGCUGGGCAGGGUUAAUGGCUGGCCUGCUUUGUUUGGAGCUUGUUCUCAUGUUGUGCUGUGUCAGAUUGUGGUGUUACUGGAAGAAGAAACGGUGCUUCUGUGCAUCUUCAGCAGAUGGCCCUAACAACACAGGCAAUGAGAACGUGGCCGUUUAUCCCAGCUCUCCGCUUCUGCCCCUAUCUACCCUGCCGUGGCUGCAGCAGCGUCAUGAGGCCUUCCCAAAACCCGUCCCUCCACGAGACCCUCUGCCCCCGAGCCCCCUGGUCCUCUUCCCUGGCCAGAACUGAAGUUCGGCAUCCCCUGUCUGACAGGGCAGGGCUUGGCCCAUAUUUCAUAUUUAAAUAAAAGAAUAGAGUUU